AUGAAGUGAGGGACUAAGAGAAAGAGACAGAGAGAAAGUAUGUAAGAGAGAUAGAGAUGAAAUGGGAGAGUAAAGCGAGAGAGAGAGAUAGAGAGAGAGAGCAAGAAAGAGGGAAGGAGGAAGAGAAAGAGUACCGCCCUUCAGUUGUGUUUAAACGUGAGGCGGAAAAUCAUCUCUGUGGCUCAGAGCAGUGAAGAGGCGAUUCCAGUGUUAGAUGAGCGGGUUUGCCGUGCUUAAAUCAUAGCUCUCUCUCUCUUUCGCUGUUCGUUUGUCCUACAGUGUCCCUGAUUUCAGCUACAGGCUUCAAAGUGAGAAGACAGAAGAACUGAGAGUUUCUACAAGACGACAAUACCUGGACACGGGGAUAUCUGGACACCUCACAAUGGAUGGAUUGAUGAAAAAGUGUUGAGUUCUCCCGCGGCUGUCCCUGAAUGAUACAGAGGAGUGUUGGGAUGUCGUGGCUGGUGUGGGUGUGGGUCAGUGUGACAGUCCUGCUGAUGUGUGAGGCCACUUUCUAUGAGACCAUCCAGCAGCACCUGUCCCCGCCCGGAACCAACAUACAGAUCCUCGAAGGAGGGACAUGCGAGGUGAUUGCGGCACACCGGUGCUGUAACAAAAACAAGAUUGAAGAGAGAUCUCAGACAGUGAAGUGCUCCUGUUUACCAGGGAAAGUGGCAGGAACCACCAGGAAUAAACCCUCCUGUGUUGAUGCCUCCAUAGUGAUUGGGAAGUGGUGGUGUGAGAUGGAGCCGUGUCUGGAGGGAGAGGAAUGCAAGACUCUACCAGAUAACUCCGGCUGGAUGUGCUACUCCGGAAACAAGAUCAAGACCACCAGGAAUAACCACCCAUACACAUCUUUGUAGCAGAUGUAACGUCACUGCAAGCUCAUAACGGAGGAACUUAAUGAAGGGAAACAUCCAAGACGACAAGCUGAAUUAAGUUUUCCCGACUCUAAACCAACAGACAUGUGUUUAAUGACUUGGAAUGGAGUUCUCUGCUCAUAAAUCCAUCUGUCUCUGAGUAACACGGACACCAGACUUUCGGAGAAAAUCUUUGAGGAUGCUGAACACUGCUGGUUCUUUCAUUGUUUCAUUUUUGUUUGACAAUUGUCAAAUAUUUGUUUCCUCUCAGUGAGUCCUGGAUAAUUACACUCGUAUCCCUUUGUGUGGAGUGCACUCAAACCAGCUAUAUCUGCCUGAAAUAAUCUUCAACUGUAAUGUUCUUGGAUGUUCUUAUGUUUCCAGAAGAACAUAUUCAUUCUCCUACUGUAUGUAGUGAAACUGGCUUCCUGUUCAUGUGGAUUUUCAGAAGGGGAUUGAUCCUCACCAAGCAAGUUUAAUUAAGACACUUUGUGCACUGACUGUGAGCAAAAUGCUGAGGAGCACAUGUACAUGGAAUGACCGAUCCAGUCCGGAAAUGUUCCUCUGUUUCCUGGAACAUUAUAUCAGAUUCAGAAUGAAUUCUGUUGGUGAUACUAAAACCAAAUAAGUCUUCAGCAUGAUUUCUGUAAAGCUGGAAAAAAAUAGGUGAAAGAAGUGUUUUACAUAAAUAAAAUGAAUUCAAAACAGACGAGAAUGAUUUUAUAACUGUAUUUAAUUUAAAAUAAACAAUAAUUUAAUGUGAACAUAAUGGGUGGGAAGGUGCAAAGGUACAGUCUUCUUUCCAUUUUCUUGUCCUUGUCCACUGUUCUGUUGGCUGGUUAAAGAUGCAGUUUUUUUAUUAUUAUGUUUGGGCUUCAGUAAUAUUUUGAUAAAUUGAAUCAUCAAGGCUUAACUGAAGUUCUGAGAAUUUACAUGUUUAAUGAAAAACUAAUAGACCAUCAGUUUGACUGCAGCAAUGUAUAAAAGUUGUGGAUUUAUUACUGAAGUUAACGAAGCCUGAUUGAAAUAUGCUGGUGCAUGCACAUAUAAAAUACCAUGACAUUUAAAUAUUCUGAAUCAAAUUCAUUUCCCAUUGUUUAGAUAUAACUUAAUUAAAUGGUACAAGUCCUAUAAGACCAUUCUGUGCAUUGGGGGAUCUGAAUGGACCAGAGGAAGGGGGGUGGUGGGUAUUUGAGUGUGUAGGCAGGCGGUCCACACUGAAGGACACUGUGGAAAUUCUGACACCGCCGGGACAUUUACCUGUCGUUUACAUUCAGAAAUAGUCCUCUCUGCUCAGAGCAGCUGAGGGCCAGAGAAUGUACUCACUCUGAACAUGAACAUAAGAGGCUCAGUGAUGCUGUUGGCAUGCAGAAAGGAGGCUCUAACUACAAGCUGAGUGAAUACAGAUCACUACAUUUACAAUCCUCCGCAUGGGACAGCAGAGGAUGAACUUUAGCCCUCACCUUCAGCGGAGCUUUAGUGGAAUUUCAAACAGUUGACUACAGAGUAUCAGAGAGGAAAAAAUGAAUACAAGGCAACUUAAGUGAAUAUCACCAUUAUUUCAGGAAGGCUGAGCUUUUGCUUGCAGUCGGUUUUUCUAAUUUCAGUCUUCAACAUCAUUAU